AUGACAGAGGAGUCAGCGGUAAAAGUCUGCGUUCGAGUCCGUCCGCUUAUUGCGAGGGAAGAGAGUGCAUCCGAGAAUGCAGAGCCUGUCCAGAUUUUCUGGAAAGCUGACGAGAAAUCAAUUCAUCAGAUUGAUGAUGGAAAUUCCACCAAGAGCUUCAGUUUUGACCGGGUGUUUGCUGCUGAUGAAACGACCAGUCAGCUGUACAAUGACAUUGCAAAGCCUCUGGUUGUUUCCACGGUCGAGGGAUACAAUGGAACCAUAUUUGCUUACGGGCAAACUUCUUCUGGAAAGACCUUCACCAUGAUGGGGACCAGUCGCACCCCCGGAGUGAUACCUCAAGCUGUGGAGGAUGUCUUUCAAACCAUUAAGAACUUUCCCAAGAAGGAGUUCCUUCUCAGAGUGUCCUACAUGGAGAUCUACAAUGAGACUGUGACGGACCUGCUUGUCGACAGCUGGAAAAGAAAACCGCUAGAAGUCAGAGAACAAAUCAAUAAAAACAUCUAUGUGGCUGAUCUGACUGAAGAGUUGGUUACAUCUCCUGCACAAGUCCUGGCAUGGAUUCGGAAAGGAGAAAAGAACCGACAUUAUGGAAAGACAAAAAUGAACCAGCGGAGCAGCCGAUCGCACACUAUUUUCCGGAUGAUCCUGGAGAGCCGGGAAAGGAGCGACCCAGCAUCAGGUGAAAGUAGUGAUGGAGCCAUCAUUGUGUCUCAUUUGAAUUUAGUGGAUCUGGCCGGAUCUGAGAGAGCAAGUCAAACUGGAGCUGAAGGUACACGUUUCAAAGAAGGCUGUAAUAUAAACCGCAGCUUGUUCACGCUCGGCCAAGUGAUAAAGAAACUGACCGACGAAAACCAGAAGGGUUUCACCAACUACAGAGACAGUAAACUGACCCGCAUCCUGCAGAACUCGUUGGGUGGGAAUGCUAAAACUGUCAUUAUCUGCACCAUCACCCCAGUCACUCUGGAUGAGACCCUCAGCACUCUACAGUUUGCAAGCACAGCAAAGAAAAUGAAGAACGACCCUCACGUAACAGAGGUGUCAGAUGAUGGGGCUCUGCUCAAAAGGUAUCGCAAUGAAAUUGCAGAACUCAAGCGACGACUUCACGAGGUUUCUUCAGUCACGCAGACCAGUGUGACAGAGAAGGAGGUUCUCUCCCAGCUUCUCCAAGAGAAGGAUCAGCUGCAGAGAGAAAAAGAGGGCCUGAAGAGAAAUUUGGCCAAUCUCCUUGUGACAAGCUCAAAUCUGGUCCCAGUCCAGAAGAUGCCAAGCCGCAGGGUUACUUGGGGAGGAAAGAUGGUAAAACUUGGCCAUCCAUCUGCCUGUGUGGGGAGUUCCUCUGACCUCAGCUUUGCAGAAUCUUUCACUCAGAAGAGAAUUCGGUCAAACCUCUCCUGCCUGAUGGAGCUGGGUGAAGACGAUGAGGACUUUGAGGCCAACUGGGGAAUUCCCGAUGAGCCGUCAGAUGAAAUGGAAAUGAGUCGAAGCUCUGUGACUGUUCGUAGCUUUGGAGACAGUCCCAGAGACUUCAUGUCUCCCGAUCGGCUGCAAGAACUUUCAGGCAAAGUGUCUAGUCUGGAGAUGCAGCUGGAACAGGAGAGUCAGGAGAAAGAGGCGGCCCUGUCAAAUUUAGAUGUGUUAAAGGGCAGAGUGGCAGAGCUGCAGCUGCAGCUGGAAACAGAGGUGCAGCAUAGACAGGAAGCACUGGAAAAAGUGCAGACUGGAGAACAGAGGAGAGCAGAGCUGGAAGCGCUGCUGCACACUGAAGCUCAGCAGAGGCUGGAGGCCACACAGAAGGCUGACACGUUGGAGCUGAGAGUGACUGACUUGGAGAAACAACUGGGAGAACACAGUGACGCAGACACUGAGACAAAUGAACAGAUGAGAAAAGAGUUUGCUGAGACCAUCCAGUUUUGUGAAACUUUGGCGUCAGAGAAGGACUUGGUGGCUGCAGAGCGAGACUACCUGAAACAGGAGCUGGGCAUGUUUAUAGAACAAAUGGAGCGUCUGGAGAAAGAGAAGGCUGCUGUAUUACAGGAGCUAGAGGAGAAGAGGGAGAUGGACGAGUUCAAAUCUCUAGAAGAGGGGUGCAGGAAGGAGAACGAGAAAGAGUUAGAAAAUGAAAUUGUAAGCUUGAAGAAAGCUGUUGAGUCCUCUGAACUCCAGCGCAUGCAGCUCCAGAAUGAAAUCGAGACUCUGACUGAACAGCUGAAGAAGAAGGAAACAGAAUUUGCACAUGAGAUGGAGAACCUGGGCAGUAAGGACUUGGUGCAGGAGGUGCUGAAGCUUCGCCGCUCUCUGAAUGAUGCAGAGCUGCUGAGCAGAGACACAAGGAAGGAGUGGGCUGUCCUACGCAGUCGCAGCAUUUCUCUGGAGGAGACAAAUGUGACUCUGACUGCCAGCCACGAGAAAAUGGAGGCGGAGAUGAAGAGUCUGCGUUUUCAGCUGGAGACGGAGAAGUCGCGUUACAGAAAGAUGCAGAGCGAUCUCCAGAAGGAGCUGAAUGUCGCAUUUGAUGAGAACACCAAGCUCACCACUCUGCUAGAUGGCAAUGUGCCUAAAAAUCUGAUUGACAGCAUAGAGCUUGAGAGAACCGUGGCCAAUCUAAAUAAAGAGUUGAUGGCAUCUCGUCAAGUGGAGACAGCCUUGAGAGCUCAGCUAGAUGAGCUGGCUGCAUGUCAGACUCUCCCAGAUAAAGUGGACGCCUUGGUAAAGCAGCUUGAAGGGAGUGAGCAGGAGCGAGGAGCUCUGGAAGGAAAACUGAGCGAGGUGCAGCAGCUGAUCAAGGAUUUGGAGGAGAAGCUUGCUGACAGCGAAGCUUCCAGAAGCACUGAGGAGGAGAUUAGCAGAGAGCUUCAAGAACAAAUCAGCCAGUUAAAUGAAGAACUUCGGUGUGUGCAAGCUGAGAAAGCCGAGCUCCUGUCCGAGCAGAGCACUGCUGAUCGGAGGUUUGCAGAGGAGACGGAGAAGCUGGUCUCUGCUGUAACAUCUGUGACCACAGAGAGAGACGAGCUCAGGGUGAAGCUGCAAGAACACGUGGACAAGGUUGCUGAGACGCAGGUUGUUCUACAGUCUGUUCAGGAUGAGCUCCAAACACAAAAAGAAAAGAAUUCAGAUCUCGUGAAAGCUCAUGAGCAGAAAGAGUCUGAUUUAGGGGAGAAGAUGCUGAGGCUAUCACAGGAGCUGCAGUGUGUGCGAGAUGAGAAAGAGGCUCUCCUGAUGACGACCUUUCAGAGGGAAUCGGAGGAUGUGGAGAAGCUGAGCGCUACCUUGGCUUCUCUCACUGCUGAGAGAGACCAGCUCAGGACAGACCUGCAGGAAAAUGUGGAAAUGAUGAUUGAGAAUCAGGAGGAACUGAGGACGGCCCUGGAGCAAAACCGCGAGCAAAAGAAGCAGAUCAAAGAGCUAGAAGCACAAAUAUUGAAGCUGGAUGGGCUUCCCAGUGAGCACAAUGAUAAGCUGGUGGAACUGCAAACACAUAUAAAGGCUUUGACUGAGGAGCUGGAGAGUGUGAGAGCAGAGAGAGACAGUCUGCUGUCCGAGAAGGAGCUCAGCACUCAGACCACCACCAAGGAAAUGGAGAAGCUGCUGUGCAGAGUGACGUCUGUCAGCGCGGAGAGAGACGAGCUGCAGGAGAUCCUGGAGGGUCUGAGGCAGGAGAAGCAGCAGCUCCAGGCAGAGCUGGAGGACAGGGUGGAGACGCUGCAGGGUGCUCUGCAGGCUGUCACAGAGCAGAAGAGCCAGUUGGAGGGUGAUCUGCAGCGUAGUACAGUCACGGCUGCUGAGACUCAAAGUCUCAUGCAUUCCCUUCAAGAGCAGCUCAAAGAACAAAAUAAAAACUGCGAUCUCGAAAGAGUUAGCCAAGAAACGCAGGCUCAGCUGAAACUACAGGUCGACGAGACCAACUGUCUUCUUCAGUGUCUUCAGGAGGAGCUAAAGGAGCAGAAACAAAAGCUGUGUGAUCGUGUGCAACUCUAUGAGCAAAAGGAAGUAGAUUUUACACAGCAGAUAACGACUCUCUCUGAGGAGCUUGACAGCGCCCGAGCAGAGAGAGAUGCCCUGGUGCUUCAGAAGGAACAGACCGAGAGCAGACCGAGCAGUGGCAAAGAUGCAGGCAGUACCCUCCAGUUACAAGAGCUCACAGACCAGAUUCGGAGACUGACUGAGGAGCUGGAGAGUGUGAGGGCAGAGAGAGACAGUCUGCUGUCUGAGAAGGAGCUCAGCACUCAGACCUCCACCGAGGAGAUGGAGAAGCUGCUGUGCAGAGUGACGUCUGUCAGCGCGGAGAGAGAUGAGCUGCAGGAGAUCCUGGAGGGUCUGAGGCAGGAGAAGCAGCAGCUCCGAGCAGAGCUGGAGGACAGGGUGGAGACACUGCAGUCUGAGAUAAGGACUCUGACCGAUGCAUUGAAAAUGGCUGAAGCAGAAGGAGCACGGCUGCUGUCUGAGAAGGAGCUCAGCACUCAGACCUCCACAGAGGAGAUGGAGAAGCUGCUGUGCAGAGUGACGUCUGUCAGCAAGGAGAGAGACGAGCUGCAGGAGAUCCUGGAGGGUCUGAGGCAGGAGAAGCAGCAGUUCCAGGCAGAGCUGGAGGACAGGGUGGAGACGCUGCAGGGUGCUCUGCAGGCUGUCACAGAGCAGAAGAGCCAGUUGGAGGGUGAUCUGCAGCGUAGUACAGUCACGGCUGCUGAGACUCAAAGUCUCAUGCAUUCCCUUCAAGAGCAGCUCAAAGAACAAAAUAAAAACUGCGAUCUCGAAAGAGUUAGCCAAGAAACGCAGGCUCAGCUGAAACUACAGGUCGACGAGACCAACUGUCUUCUUCAGUGUCUUCAGGAGGAGCUAAGGGAGCAGAAACAAAAGCUGUGUGAUCGUGUGCAACUCUAUGAGCAAAAGGAAGUAGAUUUUACACAGCAGAUAACGACUCUCUCUGAGGAGCUUGACAGCGCCCGAGCAGAGAGAGAUGCCCUGUUGCUUCAGAAGGAACAGACCGAGAGCAGACCGAGCAGUGGCAAAGAUGCAGGCAGUACCCUCCAGUUACAAGAGCUCACAGACCAGAUUCGGAGACUGACUGAGGAGCUGGAGAGUGUGAGGGCAGAGAGAGACAGUCUGCUGUCUGAGAAGGAGCUCAGCACUCAGACCUCCACCGAGGAGAUGGAGAAGCUGCUGUGCAGGGUGACGUCUGUCGGCGCGGAGAGAGAUGAGCUGCAGGAGAUCCUGGAGGGUCUGAGGCAGGAGAAGCAGCAGCUCCGAGCAGAGCUGGAGGACAGGGUGGAGACACUGCAGUCUGAGAUAAGGACUCUGACCGAUGCAUUGAAAAUGGCUGAAGCAGAAGGAGCACGGCUGCUGUCUGAGAAGGAGCUCAGCACUCAGACCUCCACAGAGGAGAUGGAGAAGCUGCUGUGCAGAGUGACGUCUGUCAGCGCGGAGAGAGACGAGCUGCAGGAGAUCCUGGAGGGUCUGAGGCAGGAGAAGCAGCAGUUCCAAGCAGAGCUGGAGGACAGGAUGCAGAUGAUCUCAGCCAUCCAGGACAAGCUGAGUCAGCUGGAACAUCUGAACAUGCAGCAGCAGUCUGAGAGAGGAGAGGAAGACGCCAAGCUGCAACAAGACAUACUGCAGCUUAAAGAGCAAGUUCAAAUGCACACAGAAAGACGCGCUCAGGCUGAAAGUGAAGCAGGUGCAGUGCAGCAGUUGCUCAGUGAAGCGAACACAACCAUCUCUGCUCUCAGAGAGCAGCUCAGCAGGUCAGAGCCGAGCACCAGCCCGGCUAAGGAGCUGCUGUCGUCACGACUGCAAGACUCCACCAGACAGCUUGAGGAGUCCUUCAAAAGGUUCCAGCAAUUCAUAGACACUUGUUGUAGUUAUGACAAUAUAACUCAGGACAAGGGCCUGAGGGAGCGGCGUUCCCUGAAGCAUCCUCUUCCCAAGGCCACCAAGGAUGCCUAUGAUGCGGUCUUUCAGCUGGGACAGUCAACUGAUGAAAAUCUCAGGAAAAUUCAAGAGCUGCUGCGUGUGAAGGCACUUGGCUACAGGAACAUUUUUGAGGAGCUGGUGAAAAAAGACUUGGCCGUCUUCGAGGAGAGACGGCUGCAGGAUGUGCUUCUAUGCAGAGCGCAGGCGCCCAGCCACUCUGUUCAAGUCGAGGGCUUUGACACACUGUGGGAGCAGAGACUGCCUGAGCUGCUGGACAGGAGGCAACUUUACAUGGAGAAAAUGAGCAGCAUUUUGGACAAGCUCUGGGACAACAUGACCUCCUACCUCCAUGAGCUGAAGGGUGAGAUUCAAGAACGAUUCAAGUUCAAUAAGCAGCUGCAGGUCCUGAUCACCAACCAGCCAAUUAGCUUCAGUGGGCUGGACAGCAUCCUGAAGCCGGAGUCUGACCGCAGAGCGGCGGGGAUACAAAGCAAGAAAUGUCUUCUGCAGGGUAUCACUGAUGAGCAGAAGGGUCCAUUUGAAGAGCUAAAACAGCUGGAGGCUGAGGCCGAGUCUCACCUUAGGGAGGUGAAAAGUAAAAGUUCCACUUUGCUACAGGCGCUGGAGGAGGGAGCGCUUCUGACAGUCGCAGCUCUGCUGAAGGAAACCCAGCAGCUAGCUUCUCAGCUGAAACACGCAGAGGAAAAAGUGAAAGCUCUGCGUAUUCAAAAUGAGCAGCUGGAGGAAGCACACAUCAAAGCUGAUGCCAAAGUUUCCAACCACAAAGAGGCAACGCAACUUCUGCAGACUGAGCUGCAGGACAACCGUGCACUAGUUGAAGAGAAAGAGAACACUAUACAAGCUCUGAAGAGCAAAAUUCGAGAAUCUGAGAAAAAAUCAUCACCCAGUGUGGCUGAGCUGGAGAAGCUUCAGACCAAGCUGUUGCAGUUGGAGAUGAAGCUCAGCUCAGCAUCCGACGAACACAAACGAGAGAUCCAGGCGAUGAACACACUGUUGGAGGAAAAAGAAGAGUUACUGAGGAAGCUUAAAGAGACUUUGAGAAAAUCCCAACAGGAGGGAGAAGAGUCGUUCUUGCAGGGUAAGGACCUUCAUGCCAGACUGACCAACCCCAGGAGUUCUGUGGUCAGCAGCAGUAUUCUGAUGGAGAAAUCCAAGCUGGAGAAGGAAGUCAGCCAGCUUCACAUGAAAAUCACAGAACUGGAAAGUGUGGUUGCCAGUCAGCAGGCUGAGAUUUCCAAAUGGAAGAACAGAGCCUUCAAACUAAGGGUGAGGAGCAAAUUAGAAGAGGACAAGCUUCAGUCACCUAGCACUCCCACCAAGAGGGGCUUUCCCAUGACCUCUGACUCCUCCAACCUGCUGAGCUCACCUAAAAAGUUUUUGAUACCUGCCAUGAAGCUCCUGGACACUCCCAGGAAGGGUUUGGAGUCACCCAGAAAACUGCUGGAUUCGCCAAAGGCCUCUCUCCUUGAAUCCCCCAAAAGCAGAUUCUUUGAUGUGGGCGGAAGCUCUGAGACACUGUCCAGAAACUGUCCCAAGCAGUUCUUCGACAACUCGAGCCUCGGAACCAUUCCAGAUGUUACUGUGGACACGGACAAAAACGAGUGGUGGCCAAAGUCUCCAAAACAGGAAGAAAUGUGUAAAACACAAUAACGUGUUUGUAAAGAACAGUAUUUUCACAUUUUGUUUGUAAUGUUUAUGUACUUUUAUUUCCCACUUUCAUUUUUCCCUUUUCAUCCUGUUCUAAGAAAUUUAAUAAAUG